CUGUAUUGAUCAGGGACAGUACGGGACACAUGGCCGGGCGCUAGCCAUGCAGACACAGGAGUCUGCCAUGGACCUGCCGGCCGUGGUCGAACUGAACGUGGGAGGAGUCUUCUACACGACCACGCUGACCACUCUCACUCGAGACCAGGACUCUACUCUCACACAUUAUUUCACCAAGGCUCCUCCGCCGAAGGAUGCCAAGGGGAAGUUCUUCAUCGACCGAGACGGAGUGCUCUUCCGCUACGUCCUCGACUACCUGAGGAACCAGACGCUGGUGCUUCCCGAGAGCUUCCGCGAGAAGGAGCGGCUGCGACAGGAGGCGACCUUCUACGGACUCCCCGGCAUGGUGGAGGCGGUCGCCAACUCCCCGUCGUCUUCCGGCAAACAGCCCGGUUUCAUCACCAUCGGCUACCGCGGCAGCUUCGCCUUCGGGAGGGACGGCUUGGCCGACGUCAAGUUCCGCAAGAUCACGCGCAUCUUGGUGUGCGGCCGAGUUAACUUGUGUCGCGACGUAUUCGGCGAGACACUCAACGAGAGCCGAGAUCCCGACCACGGUCUAUCGGACCGCUACACGGCCAGGUUCUUCUUGAAGCACUCCUCCAUAGAGCAGGCCUUCGACAUGCUGCAGGAGCAGGGGUUCCGCAUGGCGGGUUCCUGUGGUUCCGGCACGGCGGGCGGCACGGCGGCGGACCUCAAGCCCGGGGUUGACGCGGAGGAGAGCCGCUGGAACCACUACAACGAGUUCGUGUUUGUGCGCGACUGAAGAGUUCCCGCCACCGCCACCACGUCACAGCCAUCAGCAUCAGUCAUCACCGAGGGCUUCAUUCAUCACAAUUAAUCACUUUAAAUAUAAUCAAUACAAUAAGGUACCUUGUUUUAAUCGUCUACGAUAUAUCAUUUUCUACUUAAUAUUUGACAAGUGAGUGACUGUGGAAUAGAGAUGUGACUUUAUAACUGUAAUCGUUUAUAAGUAAACGCUAAAGUGUAUACCCUUAGGACACCGUAAGAGGGACAUUUUGUAACCAGAGUUAUAUUCGCGGCUUGUGUGGUUCAUCACAGCCCACGGCAGCGGCAGUCACCAGUAGGAGAUAUGAGAUGCAGUGAUAGUGUUUAGUAGUGCAGUGAAGGCCAUAUCAUCUGUAGAAUAGCCUCUUUACAAUCUGUAUCAGGUAUUUAAUACAUCAUAUAAGGUAAUCUUACACAUUUUAAUUGCAGUUUAUUUAAAAUGUAAAACUUUCUUCACUAUAUUUACUUUCCUCUUAUAAUUCCAAUUUAACUUUUACCAAUGGAAAGUUUGUAACUCCUAUUAUAUUUUAAUACUCUAACUGUAUAUGGUGCUUCUACAUCACGUGUGAUAUAUUAGUUACCCCUUAGAUAUUAAGAUUUGUUUUGUUGUUUAUGUGCGUAAAGUAAUUGUUGGAAUUUGCUAUUAAUGUAACGUAAACUUUUACAGGAUCAAACUACAUACAUAGUAUAAAAAAGAGAAUUGCGUCUAUUUUAUCAUUAUUGAACUAUAAAGAACUAAAUUGUCCGGUUCCACACAAAAAUCAUUGCUUUUCCAUGCAAGAAAUAAAAGUGAAGUAUGCACUGAGAAAAUUUAAACAUUAAGAAUGGCGUGCUAUUUAAGUUUUUAAACUGCAACAGCAUUAUAUGCAUUUUAAAUUAGUUACUAUGCGCUUGAAACAAUGCAUCCAAUUAUUUCCAUGAAAAUCGUAAUUGUGUUUUAUUUUCACAAAACAAAUUAAAUAUUAGGGGUACAUAUUUUUUCGACCUACUCAUUUCAAUCUGUUAUAAUAAGUUUUGGUUAUACUUUUAAAGAGCUAUUACGAAAUUUUAAUAUUAGUAACAAACAUUUUUACGUUUUUAGUAUUCUUAUUAUUGAAACUGUAAUACUUGUAACUUUAAAUUACUAGCACUAACUCGGAGAGUUUCUCGUUUUUCGUAUUUAAUUAGUACUUUGUUUUUCUAUGUAAUGUCAGGUCAGGGGCUUCACAGGUUGACUGCACAGAAAACAGGCGAGGGCGGACUUGUAGUGGACGGAUAACAGUACAGAGAAUAAUAUUCACCCCAUCUAAUCUCACCACCGACAUAGCUGCUAUUAUCCAUUGUAACGAGUAACCCAUUAAAUUUUUCGUCUAUUUUUCUAUUUUUCAUUUAUAAAUAAUAAUAAUAACCCAUAUAAAUAAGAUAAAAGUAAGAUUUGCUUAAAGUGCGCAAUCCAUAAAUUGUGCAUAAGUGAUAAAUCCUAUUACUCUAUAUUCUUCUAUAACUAAUAUAUUUAAGAUAUAUUCUUAACAUGAAGAAAAGAAUUUAAUUGAACUAUGUGUAGAUCGUCUGUCUUUCCUAUUGUACAUACUCGUACUGUGCCGUUCUCGUGAGAAGCAGCAAGCAGGUAGCGUCAGAUUGUACCGUACAGUAGUGGACCCUAGGUAAUGUACCGUGGUACAGUAGUUGUUCAUUUGCUAGUGUAGUGUACAGUAGCUACACACUGGGUCUCGUAGGUCGAGUAGUCGCUAAGUCUAUCUGUGUUUUGACUCUACUCAUCUUUAGAAAUGUAUUUAGCGAUGUAACCGGCCCAGCUUUAAGGUUAAACUCAUUUAAUCCAACAAUGAGAUUAACAAUAAGGCGAUGAGUCGGCGGAGCGCCGGGCAAGCUAAGGACUACAGGGUAGGUAGGGCUGGGGCAUCAUCCGCACCAACAGCCAGGGGAAUACAACAAUAUUUCAUUUUAUUACUAAGACAAAAUGUUGUAAGAUAUAAUUUUAAUAUGUGAUCAUUAAAUAUUGUUAGAGACAUUU